AUGUCUGUAAAGAUUCACAUCAACAGUCCCAAUGUCAAGUACUCAGAAACACACAUCGAAGCUCAGUACUCCUACCACACCACAUCCGUGCACAAAAAUGGCACUACAGUCACGGUGACGCCCCGCUCCACUGAGAUGACCCUCCGCACAGAGACGCAUGUUCCCCGGUUGGGGGUCAUGUUGGUCGGCUGGGGAGGCAACAACGGAACCACGGUCACAGCGGCCGUGCUGGCCAACAAGAUGAAGCUUACCUGGAACACAAAGACCGGAGUCAAGAAAGCCAACUACUUCGGUUCACUGCUGCAGGCCUCCUCUGUGUGUCUUGGAUCAGGGCCUGACGGAGAGGUCAACGUGCCUUUCUGUGAUCUGCUACCUAUGGUUCACCCCAACGACAUCGUCUUUGACGGCUGGGAUAUCUCUUCGCUGGAUCUGGGAAGGGCGAUGGAGCGUGCCCAGGUGCUGGACUGGUCGCUACAAGAGCAGCUGCGACCGUAUAUGGCCAUCAUGACACCAAGACCCUCCAUCUUCAAACCAGAGUUCAUUGCCGCCAAUCAGGAGAGCCGGGCCGACAACGUACUUGGCGGCUCCAUGGCUGAGCAGGUAGAGCACGUCCGAGCGGACAUUCGUGACUUUCAGCAGUCGAGCGGGGUGGAUAAAGUGAUCGUGGUGUGGACCGCCACCACCGAGCGUUUCUGCGACGUGGUGCCGGGGGUAAAUGACACGGCGGAAAAUCUGCUUGCUGCCAUUCAGGAAGGCUCAGAGGUGUCUCCCUCCACUCUUUUCGCAGUGGCCAGCAUCCUAGAGGGGUGCGCCUACAUUAACGGUUCCCCGCAGAAUACAUUCGUGCCAGGGGUUGUGGAGCUGGCACAGCACAGGGGCGUCUUCAUUGGGGGAGACGACUUUAAGUCCGGGCAGACCAAGAUAAAGUCAGUGCUGGUGGAUUUCCUGGUCAGCUCGGGUAUCAAGCCGACCUCCAUCGUGAGCUACAACCACCUUGGCAACAAUGACGGCAAGAACCUGUCAGCGCCGCAGCAGUUCCGCUCCAAGGAAAUCACAAAAAGCAAUGUGGUGGAUGAUAUGGUGCGCUCCAACCCUGUACUCUACUGCCGCGGGGAGAAGCCUGAUCACUGCGUGGUGAUUAAGUACAUUCCAUACGUGGGAGACAGCAAGCGAGCCAUGGAUGAAUACACAUCUGAGAUAAUGAUGGGCGGCCUUAACACCAUUGUAUUACACAACACCUGCGAGGACUCUCUUCUGGCCAGCCCCAUCAUUCUGGACUUGGCCAUCUUGACGGAGCUGUGUCAGCGCGUGAGCUUUCGGCUCGAUGGUGAGACCAACUUUCAGUCCUUCCACAGCGUCCUGGCGUUGCUCUCCUUCCUUUGCAAGGCCCCGCUGGUCCCACCUGGGACCCCCGUCAUCAACGCCUUCUUCCGCCAGAGAGCCUCCAUAGAGAACAUCAUGAGGGCAUGUCUGGGCCUGCCCCCUCAAAGCCACAUGCUUCUGGAAGAAAAGCUCCAGAGGAAUUUUCUGGUUGCAGAGCACGUCAACAGGGAAGUAGCCACCCCGAAGGAGAAGAAGAAGGCGAUGGCCAGCAUCAACCACACGGAGAUGACCAACGGCGUGCAUGACUACGACGACGCCGAGCACUCCAAGUAG